CCUUCAGCCAUGAGUCCCACGGAGAUCAAGAAGCUCGCCAUGAUCGGGUGCGGAUCCAUGGGUGGUGGCAUGGCUCUCCUCUUCGCCGAGAACGGCUGUUCCGUAUGUCUCCAAGACCCUUCCGAUGAGGCCAUGAAAAGAGUCAUCGCACAGGCCGAGAAGGACAACGUCGGCGACAAGCUCUCCAAGUACAGCGACUACGAGUCUCUUUGCGGCGCUCUGGACUCUCCGAAGGUGUUCGUCUGGUCGCUACCUCACGGUACAGUCGGCGAUACGGUGCUGGACGGGAUUAUGCCGUAUCUGGAGAAGGGUGACAUCAUCAUCGAUGCUGCGAAUGAACACUGGCAGAACUCGGAGAGGAGGAUUGGGAAGUGUGUGGUCAAGGGCAUACGCUAUGUUGCGAUGGGUGUCUCGGGAGGGUAUCAAGCAGCGCGCCGAGGGCCGUCAAUGUGUCCAUCAACCGAUGACUCGACCUUCGAUAUCGUAAUGCCACUCCUCGAAAAGGCCGCCGCGAAAGCACCCGACGACUCAGCCUGUGUUGCCCGCAUUGGGACCGGAUCGGCCGGUCACUACUGCAAAAUGAUCCACAACGGCAUCGAGCAUGGCAUGAUGUCCUCCAUCGCGGAAGCCUGGGGUGUCAUGCGCAAGGGUCUGAGUAUGAGCGACGAUGAGUGUGGCAAUGAAUUUGAGCGCUGGAAUAGUUCCGGCGAAUUACAAGGCACUUUUCUCAUUCGCAUCGCAGCCGACAUCUGCCGCGCAACAGACAAGCAAGGCCAGCGAGUGCUUGAUACAGUUGAAGAUAAAGUCGUCCAAGACUUCACUGGCGAAGAAGGAACGGGGAUCUGGUCCAACACUGAGGCCGUCAACCAGCAUAUUCCCGCUCCCACCCUCACGACCGCCCACUUCCUCCGCUUGGCCUCUGGCGACCUCAACCAACGUCGGCUCGCUCAGAAAACGUUUGGCGGCGACUACCCACCUCAGAAGGUCUCUGUCGAAGACAAGAGUGCUUUUCUCGAAGACCUCCGCCUGGCCACCUACGGUGCAUGCCUCGCCGCCUACGUCCAAGGCAUGAACAUAAUCGAGCACGCCGACCGCGAGAAACACUUCAACGUCGACUACCUCGCCCUCCUCCAAAUCUGGCGGGCCGGAUGCAUCAUCCAAGCAGAUCACAUCGUCAACAACCUCCUCAUGCCAAUCUACAAAUCCCACUCGACCAAAACGGAGAAGAAUCCGCUCUACGAGCCCGCAAUAGCAUCAGAACUCAAGCGUACAUUCGCACCGAUGAAACGAGUUAUCCUAAAAGCCAUCGAAGGAGAUCAUGUCGUGCCUAGCUUGAGUGCGACACUGGAGUAUCUGAAAUAUCAGACCAGCACGGACUUGCCGACGAGUAUGACUGAGGCGCAGCUGGAUUACUUUGGCAGUCAUAUGUAUGAUCGGAAAGGAGAAGAUCAGGCGGGAUUGCCGACGGAGGGAAAAUAUCAUUAUGAGUGGAAGCCGGCAUGAGGCAGUAGGGAGGUGAACGAGGGUUUGCAGCUCGAUCAAAACAGACUUUCUGACUC